AUGUCCGGAUCCGGGUGGGCCGGGUCGUCGAGCUGGAAUGAUGGCACAUGGUGGCACUGGGAUGAUGAUGAGGAGGAGGAGACGGGACAGGGAAAGUCCGGUUCCCAACGUGGUGGAAAGGGGACCACACAGAUGAAAGGACGGCAGGGAGGGAUGGCUCUGCGGGCCAGGUUUGAGGAUGGAACACAGGAGAGGACACGCUCCCAGGCUGAUCGUGAGGCGAUCAGGGCUCCACUGAAGAAAGAGAUCAAGGAGCUCAAAGCACAGCUGGCGACGGUUCAGAGUGAAGCGGACCACACGGCCCGCGAGCUGGCCAGGAACCAGGCAGGGCCGGGCAGGGAAAUGCCAUCAUUCGCGGGCAUGAACGCCGACUUGAAGCACAGGGCCGAGAUGGCUGAGGGCCGAGUGCGCAAAGUGAAUCUGGACCUCAUCACUGCCAAGUCCACAGAGGAGGUCCACUUGAAGUCGAACGACGACCUUAAGAAGCAGCUUCAGGAUUGCCAAAAGAAGGUCACAAGCCUGGAGGCGGAGUGCCAGCAGAAGGACACAAUGGUCACAAGCCUACAGGCCGACUUAAAGCAGCUGCAA